GGAAAGGGUUUAGAGUUGCAAUACUUUCAACCUUUGCUCAAUGUGCCUCCAUUUUAUUUCAAAGGCAGAAUAAACAAACCUCACAACAUUACUUUAAUGUGAAUGCAGAGGGACACGCAUUUCAUUUCCCUGAGUUUGAGUCAACGACAGGGUUCAGGGAAAAAGGGGAAGAAUGGGGUUGUUAGGGGCCUUGGGCAUGAUGAUGUGUUUCUGGGGUACAGUUACUGGUAAGGCACCUCCAACUGUGGGCCCAUGUGUCCAUAGCAGCAGAGAGGGAUGGUACAGCCAGAAGAAGCUCACAGGAAUUAUUGGACAUACAUGGCCUAAUGCAACAGAGCUGGACUUAUCUCAGAAUUGCCUGAACCUCACUCACUCCAAGAGCUUGCAUAAGAUGCAGAAGUUUGGCCGGUUAGUCAUGCUGAAUCUAUCGGGCAACUAUCUCCCCCUGCUGGAAAGAAACCACCUCAGCAGGCUUUCAGCUCUGAAAGUCCUUGACCUAAGCAGAUGCCAGCUUGUAGGCAUAGAGAAUGGAGCAUUUCAAGGAUUACCAAACUUGCAAACACUGCUAUUGGGAGGCAACAAACUGCAGGACCCCCUACCUACUGCCCUUAGAGACCUCAGAGCCUUAUCUGUCCUGGAUCUCCAUGGCAAUGGACAUAUUAAGAAUGGUCCACCAGAAUGGAUAAAAGGGGUACAGAGAGUGUUUUGGCCAGGGAGCACUGGUUUCAUGCCACCAGGAAAUAAAUCUGAAGGACAUGUACAAAAUCUCAACAUCCUGAGAACAUUUCAAAGGAAGCUGUUGUCAGAUAUCAAUGAGGAUCCUACCACACCAAGCAUAAACAGCACAGACACCAGUAAGGAGCGGCCGUCACACAGCUGGCAGUACCUUGUAGCUGUCUUGGUCACAGCCAUCUUGAUCUCCAUCAUUAUCACGCUUGGGGCCAAAUGCAAGAUCGUCCAUCGUUACCUGGCCAGCUACCGACACACUCUGCUUCCUGAGGGGGACGCUGUAAGCCAGUGCGACCCAAUGAGCCUGGAGGUAGGCUUCUCUGGGCAGGACGUGAUGGGACGAGGCCCUCCCACUGAGCUGGAUGAUGAUGACGGCUUCAUUGAGGACAACUACAUCCAGGCCUGUGAGAGGGAAAGGGCUGAGAGGGCUGCAGAGGAGAUGGAGGGUGAGGAUGAGGAUGAUGGCAUUCAGUUUACCAUUGGAUAAUACCUAAGAAAAAGACACGGCAAGGACAAGGCAGUGGCUGUGAUUCUGUUGGCUACUGUGC